AUGUGGUUAAACCGCAAUAUUCAACAGUUUAUCAGCGUGGUGGGUCACAAGUGCAUUUCCCGGCGUGUCCGUAUCGGAGCUAAUCGUGGGCCCCGUUUCCUACCGAUGUCGUCCGGAAAUUGGCUGGUCCGACUCAUCCGCCGACGAGGACAUAUGAACCAACUAGCCCUGCUUCUUGCAUAUUUUGCAACGGGCGAAUUAAUCUACACUGGACUUUCCAUCUCCGUUGACGUUGGUGGGUUUAAUUUGGUCCAGUUUAAGCCCACUAAGACGCAGGUCUGCGUGUUCACUGGAAAGAAAGCUGCGCUUGGUCAUCUCUCCUCAGUUUCAGACACGACCGACACGACAGACACGACCGAUACGACAAACACGACCGACACGAAAGACACGACAGAUACGACCGAUACGACAGACACGACGGAUACGACAGACACGACUCAUACGAAAGACACGAUCGAUACGACAGACACGACCGACACGACAGACACGACCGAUACGACAAACACGACCGACACGAAAGACACGACAGAUACGACCGAUACGACAGACACGACGGAUACGACAGACACGACUCAUACGAAAGACACGAUCGAUACGACAGACACGACCGACACGACAGACACGGCCGAUACGACAGAUAUGUAG